AUGUCCACCUCAGUCUGGAAGAGACUCUCCAGAAGGAUGUCCUUGCCUCCCAAGACAACAGCAACAGUAGCAUCAACAACGGCCCUGACAACGAACACCCUCCAACCAACUCUACCACCACCGCCACACGCACUAGACAUUGUCGAGAUAUUGGAGCACAUCUUCUCCUACCUGGACGAGUUCACCCUCAAGGAAACAGCCAUCCUCGUCUGCCGUAAAUGGUUUCUCAUCAACCGGCUCCGGAGUGCCAGAGAAGUCGUCCUAGGCAGCUUCAUGUCCAGCUCCAAGUUCGACCGCAUCCUUUCCCGGAUAUCCGGCGCGUCUCGACUUUCUUUCUACGUCUUCCCUGAUGCCACGGCCAGCAUGCAGGAACAACACAGGAGAAAACUCGUCGUGGCGCUGCAGAGGAAUCAUGCUCGACAGAUCAAGCGACAGAAGCGGCAUCGGAAAAUGGACAGUCUGACUCAGUGGGCCGAUGGUGCAACUUUGGAGCGUCUGUUGGAUCAGUCCCUCGAGGAGCUGAACCUGGUCGGAUUUGCCCAACCUGAGCUGACACUCCCCCCGAUCUUACCCUACCUCUCGUCUUUGAUCCGCCUGCAUUUACGGAUCUCUGGAGGCGCUGUUAUCAAGGUGGCGGAUAUUGUACAGGCUUGUCCGCUUUUGCAGGAGCUGUACGUUGGCAUUGGACAGGUGGGCUGGUCCGAUCUAGCGGUGGAGUUACCUCGUCCCUGGCUUCCUUCAAGGAACGGCUCUGAACAAGGGUCGCCUCUGCAUCUCCGGUCUCUGGUUCUUGAAGAUGUGUGCCUUCCUCAGAAGACUCUGGAAUCCUUCUUGGCCGUUACACCGCAGCUCACAGUCCUCAAGUUGAUUAAUCUGGUUAGCGACAACCUUCCGCACGAAGAACUACCCGAGUGGGAGCACCUCGAAUACAACUGGCCCAAGCUAUCCAAACGGCUCAAGGAUCUACAACUCCCUCUCAAAGCCUUCCACUUUUCUGUGUCCGACCGCCCCAUGACCGAUGAUGAGUUCAAGGAGAUGCUCUUGGUCUGCCGAGGAUCUGCAGAAUGGAUCGUUCCCUCUGCCGAUGUUACCCUCGCCAUGAUUGUGAACGUCAUGACGUUUCAGAACGUCCUCACCAGCCUGGAGCUCUUUGGAACAGACCGACCGACUGUCGUCCUCGAACGUAUGUUGCACUACUAUCUGUGCGAUUCACCCCACUUGCUCCAUCUCAGAGCACCCAGGGCCGCCUUCCUGAUCGAACAUUUGGACGUCUACCAUCGAGGAAAGUUCGCUUACACCAAACAGGAAGUCCACGGGAACUUGUCGCAACCAGUUGUGUGGGGUCACAUCCGUCCAGGAGUUUGGGCUUGCAGGAAACUAUUGACGUUAGACAUGGAGUUUCACUCGCACGAACAGCCGCUUCUCUCUUCGGCAGUUACCACCCGAAUUCUGUUCGGAUACAUUGCGAGAGUCUUACCGCGUCUUCGAGAGCUGUUUAUUGACACUACCGAGUGUUACUGUCAAGGAGAUAUGGCUUUCCCAGUCAAACUCAACUUGCAACUAGAGGGAGGGCUAUGUCUGCUCGCCAAACUCAAGGACCUGGAACGUCUUCGCAUCGGAUCUUACGACCGUCAAUUGCAGUGCUCUCUGUCGGACUUGAACUGGAUGAUUCCUUCUGGACAGAGUGAAAGGUAUAAGGAAAAGCGGCAGACGACUAUAGAACGACUGGACGGUUGGCUGAAUGAGGAGCGGUCGCUAGAACUUGCGGCUGUUAGGGCUGUCCAUGAAGAGGAAGGGGAUCUAUCAACCAGCUGGGUCAAGGUUGAGCCAUCACUGAAGCUAGAGUUGUAUCAUUUGGGUUUGUUUUUGGAUGUCAAGCGUAUGGUCUGUGAGAUGGCGUCUGUAAACAACUUUCGAUGCUGGCCCAGGAUGCGCCGACUGUCGCUGUUUGACUUGUACGACAUUGGUCGUUGUCCAGAAAAGGAACUCGAACGAAAGUUCAAGUGA